AUGGCUACUCGAUUCUUACUGCUAAUUCUAGCAAUGUCAAGCUUUCUAUUUCAAAACACUGUAGAAUUAACAACUUUCUCGUCCAGGCUGAUACACAGAUUAUCUGAGGAAUAUAGGGAAGUUAGGGUUUCAAGGGACGGGCACGUGAAUGGCACGUGGUGGCCGGAGAAGAAGAGCAAGGAGUAUUACCAGAUGCUAGUGACUAGUGACUUCAAGAGGCAGAAAUUGAAGCUUGGUCCGCAUUUUCAGCUUCUCUUCCCUUCUCAGGGCAGCAAAACGAUGUCGCUUGGCAAUGACUUCGGAUGGUUGCAUUACACGUGGAUUGAUAUAGGGACACCACGUGUGUCGUUUCUAGUGGCUUUGGAUUCCGGGAGUGAUUUGUUUUGGGUACCUUGUGAUUGUGUGCAGUGUGCUCCUUUAUCUGCUAGUUACUACAGUAGUCUGGAUAGAGAUCUGAAUGAAUAUAGUCCAUCUCAGUCAAGCACCAGCAAGCACUUAUCUUGCAGUCAUCAGUUGUGUAACAUGGAUCCAAACUGCAAAAGCCCAAAGCAGUCAUGCCCUUACACUAUUGAUUAUUAUACAGAAAGCACAUCCAGUUCUGGAUUGCUGGUUGAAGACAUACUACAUCUUGCAUCUGGUGGUGAUGACACACUGAAUACUUCUGUGAAGGCUCCAGUGAUCAUAGGAUGUGGUAUGAAGCAAAGUGGUGGCUACUUAGAUGGUAUUGCCCCUGAUGGUCUUUUGGGUUUGGGGCUGCAAGAAAUUUCAGUUCCAAGUUUUCUUUCUAAAGCAGGAUUAAUUCGGAACUCUUUCUCAAUGUGCUUUAAUGAGGACGAUUCUGGGAGAAUAUUUUUUGGUGAUCAGGGACCAGCUGUCCAGCAAUCUGCACCAUUUCUGAACUUAAAUGGGAACUACACAACCUACUUUGUCGGAGUGGAGGCUUGUUGUGUUGGCACUUCUUGUCUUAAGCGGAGUAACUUCAGCGCAUUGGUAGAUAGUGGCACAUCAUUUACAUUUCUUCCAGAUGAUGUUUUUGAAAUGAUUGCCAAAGAGUUUGACACACAAGUGAAUGCUUCAAGAUCUAGCUUUGAAGGGUAUCCUUGGAAGUAUUGCUACAAGACCAGUUCACAGGACUCAUCCAAGGUUCCGUCUCUUAGGCUUAUGUUCCCUCAGAACAACAGCUUUAUGGUCCACAAUCCUGUUUUUAUGAUCUAUGGCAUUCAGGGAGUUAUUGGAUUUUGUUUGGCCAUUCAGCCAACAGAUGGGGAUAUUGGAACAGUUGGACAAAAUUUCAUGAUGGGAUAUCGAGUGGUCUUUGAUAGGGAAAAUUUGAAGUUAGGGUGGUCACGCUCUAAUUGUGGAGAUGAAGCUGAUGGUAAGACAAUGCCCGUUGCUCCUCCAACUGGGACACCCCAGAAUCCAUUGCCAACCAAUGAGCAGCAGAGCACUCCUGGAGGACAUGCUGUGUCACCUGCUGUUGCUGGAAGAGCUCCAUCCAAGCCAUCAUCUGCAUCAAGCCAACUAAUUUCGACCUGGUUUUGUUUGUUAAAAUUGGUGCUGCCACUGUUUCUACUGCAUCCAGUUGUUUCAGCUUCAUGA